UCUCCAUUGCGGAUGACAUCAGCUGAGGAGUGAGUGUGCGAAAACGCUCCCGGCGCGCGUUCCUCUGCCCGGCCACAGAGCGUGACACUAUGUCUGCCGGUACAAAACAGCUAGGGCCACUCCUUUAAGGGCUCCGCUCGGGUGUCUGGAGACCACUCCAGCAGUCUGUGGCGAAUAAGGGAAGAGGAGGAGGAGGAGGAGACAGGCUGCUGCUUGGAUAACCGCACAGAAAGGAGAAAGACGCGCAGAGACAGAGAGCAGAGGAUGGCUACACUUGUAGAAUCCGCAGAAAUGGAGGUUCUGGGCGGCAGCAGCAGCAGCUGCGUCGGAGCCACAUCCUCCAGUCCUUCCCAUCACUUCAACGACGGCAAAUUCUACCUGCUGGUGGUGAUCGGGGAGAUCACCAGCGAGGAUCAGCUGAAGUGUGCCAUUGCAGACAUAGAGAAAGGAAUCCGUUCCUGGGACACAAACCUGAUCGACUGCAACCUGGACCAAGAACUCAAGCUGUUUGUUUCCAGACAUUCUGCUCGCUUUUCUGCAGAUGUCAAAGGUCAGAGAAUCCUUCACCAUAAAAGUCCCGUCCUGGAGACCGUGGUGCUUAUAAACCCCUCAGAUGAAGCCGUCAGCACCGAGGUUCGCUUGAUGAUUUCAGACAUGGCCAGACACAAACUGCUGGUUCUUUCAGGGCAAUGCUCUGAAAACACAGGAGAACUGAUUCUUCAGUCCGGAUCUUUCUCCUUCUUCAAUUUCAUUGACAUAUUCACAGAUCAAGAGAUUGGUGAACUACUCAGCACUAUUCACCCAGCAAAUAAAGCCAACCUUACACUCUCUUGCCCUGAACAAGGCGACUGGAAAGACUCCAGUUUGGACAAACACAACCUGCAAGACUUCAUUAACAUGAAAAUAAACUCCACCCUCAUCCUCCCUGAAAUGGAAGGUCUCUCAGAGUUUACAGAGUAUUUGUCUGAAUCAGUGGAGAUCCCAUCACCAUUUGACCUCCUGGAACCACCGACCUCAGGCGGCUUCCUAAAGCUCUCCAAACCUUGCUGCUACAUUUUUCCCGGUGGUCGGGGUGACUCAGCUCUCUUCGCUGUGAAUGGCUUCAACAUGCUCAUUAACGGUGGCUCAGACAGGAAGUCUUGUUUCUGGAAGUUAGUCAGACAUCUGGACAGAGUGGACUCCAUCCUCUUGACUCAUAUUGGCAACGACAAUCUGCCAGGCAUCAAUAGCAUGCUGCAGAGGAAGAUCGCAGAGCUUGAGGAGGAGCAGUCACAGGGUUCGACUGCAAACAGUGACUGGGUGAAGAACAUGAUCUCUCCUGAUCUUGGAGUUGUGUUUGUCAAUUUUCCUGAAAACCUGGAAAAGCCUGAACCUAACUACAGAGUUUGCAGGACUGUUGAGGAGGCAGCAUUGACUCAACAGUUCCUCAGCAAGCUAAACUUGAGGAUUGAGCCUUUGCAAAGACCUGUUGGAAAUGCCAUAGAACCAAUCAUACUUUUUCAGAAAAUGGGUGUUGGGAAGCUUGAGAUGUAUGUGCUAAACCCAUCAAAAAACAGCAAGGAGAUGCAGCACUUUAUGAAGCACUGGACAGGAAAGGAGAAAGACACUACUUCUAUUCUACUUCCAAAUGGAAAAGAGUCUGAAUUUCCUUUGUCUUAUUUGACAUCAAUCUCUUCACUCAUUGUGUGGCACCCCGCAAAUCCCACGGACAAAGUUGUGCGGGUUCUUUUCCCUGGAAAUGCCAACCAGGAUCACAUAUUUGAUGGUUUGGAGAAGCUGAAGCACCUAGAUUUUCUGAAGCAGCCAGUUGUCACUCAAAAAACAUUGUCUUCUGGUGUCCAAUCAAUUCCAACAGUAAAGCAAACAAAGAUGAAGCAUAGAACUGACAGCAAAGAGAGUUUAAAAUCCACCCCAAAGCCAUCACCAAUUAAAGCCAUUAGAAAGGAGUCAAAGGAAGAAACAUCAGAAAAGACGAAGGUGGAGAUCAAUCAAACCCACGAGAAGUCAUUCAAAACUGAGAACAAAGAACGAGUUGCCCUGAAAAAGGAAAAGGCAAAGCCCAUUGAGAAAGAUUCAAAAGCAAAGGUGGAUCAAACCACUUUAAAUGAUACUCCAGAAAAGAAGAAGAUUGUUAAAAAGGAGCCCAAAUCUCUUAUAGAUAAGAAAAAGGACGUUAAAAAAGAAGUAGCAAAAAAAGACGAAGUCUUGAAACCAGAGAGUAAGAAGGAUGAGAAGGUUAAGAAAGAAGAAGCAAAAAAAAAUAUGAAAAAAGACAUCAGAAGAGAUUCACCAAUGAAAGAGAAGAGGGAGGAAAGGAGAGAGCUAAAGAAAGAUGUUAAAAGACCCUCUAAAGAUGUGAAAAAGACAGCCAGUGUGGGUGAAGACAAGAAUCUGAAACAAAAGAAAGAUGCUGGGGUUCCGUUGAAGUUAAAAGAGAAAGCAAAGUCAAAGGUCACAAAGAAGGAGACGAAGGCGGAUUCCAAACUGGCACCAAACACUGCUGCUGCUGCAGAUGAUCCAGAAGCAGAACGCUCUUUGAUGUCUACACCUGAAGACCUCACUAAAGACUUCGAGGAGCUCAAAGCGGAGGAGUUAGUUGAAAAUGACGCAACUGUACAACAAAAUGAAGAGUUGCAAAGUGAGACAGUGAUUGAAGAAGAAGAAGUAUUACCAAACAAAGAGUCCCCUGAGCCACUAGAGUCUGUUGAUGAAGGAAUCACCACAACAGAAGCAGAAGGAGACAGUGGAGAGACUCCGGAGGAACAAAUACUAAAGGAAAAACCUAAUCUGAGUGUUUCAGAGAAGUUUGAAGAUGAAGGCACAGUACUAGAAGAAGCCUCUGAGGGAGGGGAUUAUGAAGAGAAAGGAGAAACGGAAGAAGUUUAUGAGCCACAAACUAAUCUUAGUCCAUUCACACAUGAUUCCCAACCCACACACAGCAAAGUGGAACAAGGCGUAAGUGUUGAGGGCAAUGAUGAUGUGAAAAAUAGAAAUAUUGAAGAUGACUUUGAAAGUCCAGGAGAAAACAAGAAGCAAAUGCUGUUUGCAUCUAGUUCACCUAAAAUGUCCUCGCCCGUUUCUCCGGCUGCGUCCAUCAAAGAUGAAAUGCAUCCUUGUGGCUUUGAGAGCUACACAGCUUCAGAUGAAGAGAACAGAGAUGAAGAUUAUACAUCUGUCCGCACUAAGACUUCUGUUGGAAUCUCUAGUGUCACUGAUCAACCCACAAGUGAUAACACAAGAAUUCCAUCUCAGGAUGUUCCAAAAUCUACAUCUGGAGAGUUUGAUCAAAAUAAGCUUUCCCCACUGGCGGAUUUGCUGGGGUCACAUCAUCCCCAUAAUGAUGUCACAGAAGGCCAAGACUACAGUCAUUCUGCUUCCACAGUAUCACCCCCAUCAUCACUCGAGGAGGACCAAUUUCACAAGGAGUUUCCCCUUGGGGAAAAGGCUCAAAGAUUUGCUGAUCCUCAGCCAUUAUCUGAGAAGUGUGUCUUUGACUCAGCCAAGCCAAAUCUAAUAUCCACAACAUCCCCUAUCAUCCGUUCUCCAUCUGUGGAAUGUAAGGGUACCUUUGAAUCUCCAUUAAGAUCUGAUGCUCCUGUAGAAAUAUCCUCCACAUUGGCAGGGAGCACCAAACCAGACUACGCUUCCCCAUCAAGCCCUGAUGACAUGACACAGGACAUGGCCAAUUCACCUCAGUCAUCUGGACACACACCUUACUAUCAAUCCCCAGUAGAUGAAAAAGUGGGAGCUGUACCACAAGAUACAGAAGACAAAACCCAUGGCCCAGUCAUUGUGGAGGUUGCAAGUGAUAAAGAAGACUCUUCUAACAGAGAUACCCCUGAGCCAAAUGAUGCAGAACAGCAACUGUCUUCUCCAUUAGAAAGGGUAGUUUCCUCCCCAAAGACCGUGUCUGGCCCUGAGUGUACAUCCCCAAUAAAGAAGGAAAAUUCAUUUGAUACAGAUCCUAAAAAACUGGGAGAAAAAAAUAAUUCAACAUCUACAUCAAUGGGCAAGCAUGAGUCUGACAGCAAUCAACACACAUCUUUUAAAGAAGAGAGUAAAAUGUCCAUUUCUGAGGGCACCACAUCAGACAAGUCUGGAACACCCCUGGAAGAAGUGGUGGCAGAAGACACAUUUUCACAUCUAGCUUCAGCUUCUACAGCAUCCCUUGCCACCAGCUCACUGCCAGAGCCAACUACUGGUUCACCCUCGCUUCAUGCUGAAGUGGGUUCUCCCCACUCAACAGAGGUGGAUGACUCUUUAUCUGUCUCAGUGGUUCAAACACCAACCACUUUUCAUGAGGCUGAAGGAUCCCCAACUAAAGAGGACAGUCCAAGGCCCAUGUCAAUCUCCCCAGACAACUCACCUAAAGCAAAAAACAGAACACAGGCACAUGAUUCAAAAUCUCCAGAGAAUUCUGCCAUGUCGUUGGAGUUUGGCCAGGAAUCCCCUGACCACUCUUUAGCCCUGGACUUUAGCAAGCAAUCUCCAGAGCAUCAAUCUGUGGGUAGUAACUCACGAGCUACAGAGAACGGCCCAACUGAGAUUGACUUCAGUCCGUCAAACGAUGUCAAAGCCUCUGGAGAGGUCAAGUCUGCAAUGGACAACCCUUUGUUUUUUGAAGAGGCAGAGACAGUUCGUGCUACUUCUGCAACCCCAUCAGAUGCAUCCCAAUCCACACCAUCUGUAACUACCCCAUGUCAAAUGAAAGAGAUGGCACAUGCUGUGGUGGAACAAUCCGAUAGAUCCCCAGUUACCCCAAAGGCAUCUUCCCUCACCCUUUCUCCCCACUCUAACCAAGCAUCCCCAGUUCUAGGAAGUGCCCCAAUCAAAGACAAAACGGGUUCAGUUUCACCAUCUUUUGAGAGCGUAAAUGUUUCUGACACACAGCAGAGAUGUGACCAUUCACCCUCACCUCCAAAAGCCUCUUCACCAAUUUCUUUGUUAACUCUUUCCAAAGGAGAUACACUCUCCCAGUCAACUGAGGCUACAAGGGGCGAAAAUUCUCCAAUGGAAAAAAAAUCCCCUUUGAGUCCUAAAGCUCCUUUAUCUUCUCAGCUACCAAUGUCCACUGACCCAAACAAUUCUGAUUCCCCUAGUGGCUCAAAAGAGCCGGACUUCACAAAAAGAAUCUCCUGUUCACAAUCAAACACUGAUGUAGACCUCUGCCUGGUCACUUCCUGUGAGUAUCGUCACCCAAAAACCGAAUUGUCACCGUCUUUCAUCAACCCCAACCCUAUAGAGUACUUCAUCAAUGAACAGAAACUCCUGGAUGAGGACAAGCUUUUGACCAAGUCAGGAGGUGGGCCACCACCCCCAGGGGGAAAGCUAGCUGCUAAGCAAUGUGAAGAGACCCCGCCCACAUCUAUUAGUGAAUCUGUUCCCUCACAGACAGACUCAGAUGUUCCCCCAGGAACAGAAGAAUGCCCCUCCAUCACAGCGGAUGCUAACAUUGACUCUGAGGACGACUCUGAGACUCUCCCUACUGAUAAAACUCUAGCUAACAGACAUGCUGACCCUUCUCCAGUGCCGCUCAGGGACUCUGCCCCAAUGUCUGGUCACCAUGAUGUCUGCAUGGUGGACCCGGAGGCUCUGAAGGCUGAAGAAAACCUUCACAAUGCCAAUCCAGAUAGUGCCGAGAAAAAGUCAAAUAAGAAGAAGUUGUCAAAGAAGUCUUCAUCACCUGCUGGGAAGAGUGGUGUGUCUAAAGUUAAGGAUUCAAAGACGGAUUCUCCAAAGAGGGUUGUGGAAGAGAGAAAAGAUGCCAAAAAUGCAACAAAUACAUCUGCAUCCAGAGGUGUAAAAAGUGCCACAUUAGGUGCUGGUGGUGGAAAGGGAUCAUCUCUAUCCAACUGUCCUCCCAUGUACAUGGAUUUGGUUUACAUCCCCAAUCACUGCAGUGCCAAAAAUGUGGACGUGGAGUUCUUUAAACGUGUUCGGUCCUCUUACUAUGUGGUCAGUGGCAACGACCAGACGGGGCAGGAGCCGAGUCGGGCUGUCCUCGAUGCCCUGCUGGAAGGAAAGGCCCAGUGGCACAACAACAUGCAAGUCACUCUAAUCCCAACCCAUGACACAGACGUAAUGAGGGAGUGGUACCAGGACAGCCACGACAAGCAGCAGGACCUGAAUAUCAUGGUCUUGGCCAGCAGCAGCACGGUUGUCAUGCAGGACGAGUCCUUCCCUGCUUGUAAAAUAGAGAUGUAGGCGUGUUCGGUGAUCAAUCAAGAGAAACCUUUUUCUGCAAAAAAGAAGCCCAAACUAUGUAGCAUGAAGCAUUACGCAGACACAAGCACUGAAUGAGACAAAUAAAAACAAAUGUACAGUCAGGAUCAAACUGGUAUGGACACAAUAAUAUGCAAAGGAGUGCAUCCCUUAAUCUCACAUUUAUUCAUAAAUGGAACAAAGUAGAGGAAGAAUAGACGGGAACCAGCAUACCCCAUGAUUGUCAACUUAAGUAUUUGAACAUUUGCUGAUAUUUAAGUCAGUUUUCUGCUUUCAGGGAGCAAAUAUUUCCCACAUUCGCUCCUUAGUAAAACAGCACAAGACGGUGUUUAUUCAAACCAAAGCAUUAACAACACUCUUCCUGUUACUGCCUUAGGGAAUCUUAAUGAAUGUAGUGGAGCCAGAAGGAACAGCACACAGGUAAUGCUGGACACCUUAGGUUGACUCCCCCCCUAAAUUGCCACCAUUUCUCUUGACCUGGAUGAGCAUUAACAGGAUGUCUAAACUUCAUCAGGAGUGUUGCUGCUACAGUUAUGUCAUAUUUGAACAUUUUUAUUUAUAGGUCAACAGAAAUCUGUCUUUGUCCUUUUUAAGUUGCUGCUAGUAAAUUGUCUUUUAUAAUAUUACACUUUAAAUUAUUAUUAUUAUUAUUCAAUCUUUUUUAAUGCGGUAAAUGGAAGAUCAAGCAUUUAACUGCUGAAAAACUGACAAAGCAGGAUAUUUUCAUAAAUUGUGGAAUGUCUUGCUUUUUUUUAGGGUUGUAUUUAUAAAAAGCUUUGUGGCCAAUGGGAGCGGUUGGCGAACUUGCAUGACUUAUGUUAGAUUUAGAGUUUUUAAAUUCUUUUCUUGGAGCGUCUGCUCGCACUUAGGAAUUAUGGGAAAGAAGGGCACCAAAUAGGCACAUUUCAAACAGGCACUGUGGUUUUUGCAAGUUGUGCCAUGACGUUUAUAAGCGAUACACAAAGAACAGUGAUUGUCAACAGGACUAUUUGUAAUUUUGGGGGCAGCACAGUGUGAGUGAUCACACCGAUGCUGAAAAACUUUGCAGGAUGCGAGGAGAUCUGCCUCUAAAUGGAGCAUGAGGGAGUUAGCACACAGAUAAAAGUGCUUUUGUGAACAUGUAAAACAAAAACGACACUUUACAACAAGCGUGACAUUACCGCCGAGGCCGCACACCCACUUCAACAGGCCACUUUCUGGAGAAAAUUUCAACAAAUAUCAAAUAAUUAUAACAGCCUUUGGUAUUUUUGAGUAAGAAAUACAACUUUUCUGGACUUACAUCUGGUGUUCUCAGCACCAUGCAGGAAAUCUACUGUCAAACUGAACAGACAUUUCUCUUAAACAGAACUUUCUCUUUCUCUGUCGUCUUUCCUCCUCGUCCUCCCUAUCUGCCUUUUCUCCCCACCUUUCUCUUGGGAGACCUUUACUAAUAUUUGUCUGCUGCCGUCUGGUGUAGUUGUCUUGUGAUCUCCACUCCACCCUUUCCCCAAACUCAUGUGUAACCUAGAGCGACUAGUUACGAGUGAAAAUCCUCCUUAGUGCUUUCUCAUGUCUGUGUGCAAUACUUCCUCUACUGUACCCACAAGGCAAAUCUAACGUGAGAGGAACCACUACUAUAACCACAAACACAAUAAAACCCGUUGUGAAAAAUAACGA